ACACAUUCACCACAGUCCACAGGUAGCUCCACCGCCCAGCUCGAGCCAGAAGAAAAGCACACAUGACGACCCAGCAGGAGCGGGACGCGAUGACCAGGGAGCUGCUGCGGCAGCUGGUGGUGCUCAAGAGCACGGCGCGCACGCCGGUGCAGGAGGCGAUCUCCAGGGAGCUGCUGCAGCCGCUGCUGGAGUUUCACCCGCUGCUCGCCAGAACGACGGCGGUGAUCGAGAGGGGCGCCGCGGCGGUGGCGCGCGAGCAGGAGCUGCUGGCGGAGCUGGGGAUGGCGAUGCAGCUGCCGGAGUCGGCGUCGGUGCCAGAGCUCCGCGCUCGCCUGCUCAGGGAGGCCGGGCUCGCCGCCCUGGAGGCCGAGCUCGCCCUCAGGGAGACCAAGCUCGCGCUCAGGGAGUCGGAGACGCGGCUUGAUUUCUUGGAAUCUGUCCUUGAGUCCUGGGAAAGAAGGACCGAGCCGGGAAGAAGCGGAGAAAGCACCAUUAGCCGGCAGUAGUUGAUAGAUUGAGUGGGAGUCUGUAUGUACGUAGGACGUAGCAAUAGCAGUAGCUAGUGAUAGAUAGAUCCAUCUCUUCUUUCUUUUUCUUUUUUUUGUUGAGAUGUGAUGGAAUGGAAACAUCCCUGAAUGUCAUAAUAAGGGAGCACCUAGUGAACAGUUAGCUGAAAAGUAGAACGAGUUCUAGUCGAUUUUGCAGUGGCCUGAGCUGUUGGAUGUCAGCAGUGGUCUUCCCCAGCGAGCUCCCCAUCACCUUCUCCACCCCUGCUUCUCCCCCUCCGUGGCCGGCCACAGUGUCCCUGUCUUGAGCUCGGGCUCCGUCUAAUCCGUGCCGUAUCAAAACAGAGAAGCCUCCAAACCUGAACCCUGCGAAACCCGUUCUUCUCCGUUGGAGAUGUCAACAGUGAGACGCCUCAUCCCCGUCCU